UAUGAAUCUAUGUUGCUGCUAGUUUGUGCAUUCUUAUGCUUCUGGGGAUUUGAUUCCUCCCUCGUAGCAGGAGAAAGCACAAUCCGACACGGCGAUGAACUCAACUGAUCUGGUAGUCUUCUUGUUUCUGAAAGUAGGUACUUCACCUUAGGAUUCUUCAACACCACCAUGACAGCUUCCGGUUAUUUAGGAAUAUGGUACACCUAUGGGGACAAGAUAAGGAUAGUAUGGGUUGCCAAUUCUAACACACCAAUUUUGAAUAAUUUUGGAGUUCUGACUAUUGAUAGCAAGGGAAGGUUAAAGCUUAUGAGUGGAGGGAGUACUCUUGUGAAUAUUUCUGAUCAAGUGGGGACCGGAAAUGUUAGUGCCACACUAAAAGAUUCAGGUAACUUUGUGGUGAUGGAUGAAACUGAUAACAGGAUUUUGUGGCAGAGCUUUGAUCAUCCUGGCAGCACGCUAUUGCAAGGUAUGAAACUUGGUUUUAACCACACAACUAUGCAGAAUUGGACUCUAACUUCUUGGCUGAGUGACGAUAUCCCGGCUACCGGGGCUUUCACUUUGAGCUGGGAACCUACCCAAGAGUCUGGGCAGUUGGUCAUUCAGCGUCGAGGAGAGCCUUACUGGACUAGUGGGGAACUGAAAGAUCAGAAUUUUGAACAUAUGCCAUCAUUGGAUUCAAAUUCUUUUCCGUACAAUCACAACCUUAAUCAUGUUUUAGCUAGUGAUGGGUACUACUUCACUUUUUCUGUUGGUGACGAAAGGAUGUUGUUGUGGAACCUGAUUCCAGAUGAGCGAAUUGUGGACUGUAGUGGUUUUGUCCUUACCCCACAUGAGUUUUGUUAUGGUUAUCAAUCAGACGAUGGUUGUGUAAACUCUACAGUGCCUGAGUGCAGGAGCCAUGGUGAUACAUUUCAGCAAAGGCGAGCAGCUUUCAUAGGAAACCCUUCCACUUAUGACAACAAUUCAAGUCCAAGUAUCAGUGAUUGUAUGGAAAAAUGCUGGAACGAUUGCAAUUGUGUUGGCUUCGCCAACUAUAGCAAUGGAGUAGGGUGUGUAUUUUGGGGUGGGAAUGUAAAUUAUACACUAGAUGAACCUAAUAAUGUGAUAAAGUAUCUUUUGGUUCCAGCAAAUUCAUCCAUUGAACCAACAAAUUCAUCCAAUGGUAAGUCUACUUUUAUCUCCAUUAAUUUCUGA